AUGUAUAAAUUUGAUGAAAUUAAUUAUUAUGAGGAUGACUUAAAUAUUAAAAAUAUUUUAAAAGAAAUUAAUUUACAAGAAAUUGAUGAGUCGUUAAAUAUUUGCGAUCUUACAAAUAUAGUUAAUAAACAUGAUAUCUGGCAGAAAAAUUUACCGCGCAUACAUCCUCAUUAUGCUGUGAAAUGUAAUGAUAAUCCAUAUAUUGUCAAAACAUUAGCUGAACUUGGUACUAGUUUCGAUUGUGCUUCUAAAAACGAGAUAAAGCAGGUAUUGGACUUUGGGGUUAAUCCGGAACAUAUAAUUUUUGCUAACCCUUGUAAGCCACUUUCACAUAUAGAAUUUGCCAAGGAGAAAAAUGUUCAAACUGGCACAGUUGAUAAUGAGUUUGAAAUCUAUAAACUAUAUAAACAUUAUCCAGAAUCUAAGUUAGUUGUACGCUUCCGUUGUGAAGCAAAAAAUGCUCAAUGUCCGCUUGGCAAUAAGUUCGGUUGCGAUGCUGAAAAUGAUGCCACUGCGCUUAUGUUACUUGCAAAGAGUUUGGACCUCAAUGUUUGUGGUACAAGUUUCCAUGUUGGUUCCGGUUGUAAUGAAUUUGCCGCCUACAAUCGUGCUAUAAUGACAGCUAAAAAUAUAUUUAACUUUGGUGAAAUGCUUGGUUUCAAUAUGAAUUUACUCGAUAUCGGUGGAGGUUUUCCAGGAAGUGAUGAUACAAAAUUUUUAACAAUAUCGAAUAUCAUAAAUGUCGCGUUAGAUAGAUACUUUUCAAGUCAAAAAAUCAAAGUUAUAGCCGAACCUGGUCGAUUUUAUGUGGCCGCUGCAUACACGCUCAUUUGUAAAAUUCAUGCUAAGCGUGAAGUUCGAAAUGCUGGAAAACUGGACACUAAAAUGUACUAUAUUAAUGACGGAGUUUAUGGGUCUUUUAAUUGUAUUCUGUAUGAUCAUCACGAAGUCACAGCAACGCAUAUGUUGAAUGAUAGUGAAGGAGGAUUACCCACAUUUAAAACAUUACUUUGGGGACCUACGUGUGAUGCUCUAGACAAGAUAUCGGACAAUUUAUAUUUGCCUAAUUUAAACUGCGGAGAUUUGCUAGCAUUUCCUAAUAUGGGCGCAUAUACAGUUCCAAUAGCAAGUCCAUUUAAUGGAUUUAUGACACCAAAAACUCUUUAUUUUAUGAAAAAGAAGCCAACUUGACAAAUAAUUGUUAAUAAAAUGAA